AUGAAUUAUAAAUUAACAGAGCCUCUUUAAAAUUAAUCCUAACCUCCACAAAUAGUUGGAGAAUUUAAAACUUAAAAAGGUAAAACUAGAGUGCUUCAUGGAUAUUCUAAUUAGAUUAUCGUUGCAAAUAAAAAGAAAUUCAUUUCAUUAACAUUUGACACAAAGUUUUCUUUAUUGAGAGAACCUAAUGAGGAAAAAUUCAAAGUAGGGAAACCUUUGGGGUUGUAGAUUGAAAGAGAGAAUGUUUAACACAAAAUAACACUUUUUUCAGAUGAUGUUUAAUUGCUAAAGAAUUGGAGAGAUUAUUUGGCCAAACAUAUAAAUUAAAGAGGGUUUCAUGAAAGCUUCAAGGCUCAUCGCAAAAUAGGGAAGGGCAACUUUGCUUCAGUAUAUUUGGCAGAUCGUUUGGAAGAUGAAAGAAGUUUUGCGAUUAAAGCAUUCUCCAAAGAAGUAGCAUAUGGAUAAGAUAAAGGGAAGCUUUCAAUAUUAAAUGAAAUAGCAAUAAUGAGAUAGCUUGAUAGUUAUGCGCUGAUAAAAUUGCAUGAAGUGUAUGAGACUGAUAAUUCUCUUUAUAUGGUACUUGAUCUUUUGGAAGGCGGAUCCUUGUAUGACAAAGUGAAAAAUAGACCAUAGUUUAAUGCAUUUGAAAUUGAAGUGCUUGUUUUUAGUCUAUUGGAAGGACUUCAUCAUAUGCAUUCGAAAAAUAUAAUGCAUAGAGAUUUAAAACCAGAAAAUAUUUUAUUUAGAAAAUAGGGUGUUAUAUAAUCUGUUUGUAUUGCUGAUUUUGGAUUAGCUCAACGUUCUGAUGAAUUUCCUUAUUUGUUUAAUAGAUGUGGUACUCCAGGAUUUGUGGCUCCAGAAGUGAUUAAUUGCAAAGAUGGAGGAAGAUAUGAUCCAAUAUGUGAUAUUUUUAGUUUAGGAUUAAUAUUCUAUAUUUUACUCACUGGAAAGCCAGCCUUUCCUGGUAAAAGCUACAAUGACGUUUUGGGUAAAAACAGAAAAUGUGAAAUAUCAUUUGAUGCCUCAAUCUUUGAGAGUGUUCCUUAAUAAGCCUAUGAUCUACUAAUGAAAUUACUUGAUAAGAAUCCAAAAACAAGAAUAUCUGCUAAGGAAGCAUUGAGUCAUGGCUAUUUUGGAAGAAGAUUAAAAUAAAUAGAGGAAAAUGAGGAUAAUGCAUUGAAAAAUCAAGAAGAACAAUUGAGAUUUGAUAAAUAGAGAUUAAAGUAAUUAAAUAAUUCUCCAUUACAUUCACCUCUAAUAGCAGCUUCUUCUAAAUUAAGAAAGGAUUAUUCAAAUGAUAGUCUGCAUUAACAAAGUCCUUUAUUAAAUGGGCGAACAGAUUAAAUAGAUUCGCCAUUGAUUAACAGUUUCAAUAGUCCAUCCGCAUAAGGGAGAUAAUUGAAUAGAAAUGAAUAGCAAUAGCAGAAGCCUUCGAGAUUUAGUAAUAAUGAUGGAAACAAUUUAUCUAAUGAAGGAAAUGCAAAAGGCAAUUCGACUCAAUCUAAAUCUUUUAGUUUAAAUUAAAAUCCGUUGCACAAAUACGCAAUACGAAAUGAAAUGGCUAGAUAGUAAAAUUAGUAAGAAUAAAAAUAAUGA